AUGGCUGACCAACAUGAGGUCGAUCUCGAUUCUAUAAUCGACCGCCUGCUCGAGGUGCGUGGCAGCCGCCCCGGAAAGCAGGUUCAGCUGCUCGAAGCCGAGAUUCGAUACCUGUGCACCAAAGCCCGCGAGAUCUUCAUCUCCCAGCCCAUCUUGCUCGAGCUCGAGGCCCCAAUCAAGAUAUGCGGCGACAUUCACGGCCAAUAUUAUGACUUGCUGCGGCUCUUUGAGUACGGUGGUUUUCCUCCCGAGGCCAACUACCUCUUCUUAGGCGACUACGUGGACAGAGGCAAGCAGUCUCUCGAGACUAUUUGUCUGUUGCUCGCCUACAAGAUCAAGUACCCCGAGAACUUUUUCAUCUUGCGAGGUAACCACGAGUGCGCCUCCAUCAACCGCAUCUACGGUUUUUACGAUGAGUGCAAGCGUCGUUACAACAUCAAGCUGUGGAAGACCUUCACCGAUUGCUUCAACUGCCUUCCCAUUGCCGCUAUCAUCGAUGAGAAGAUUUUCACUAUGCACGGUGGUCUCAGCCCCGACUUGAACUCUAUGGAGCAGAUUCGACGUGUGAUGCGACCAACGGAUAUUCCUGACUGUGGUUUGCUUUGCGAUCUGCUCUGGUCGGAUCCUGACAAGGAUAUUACUGGCUGGAGCGAGAAUGACCGAGGCGUCUCCUUCACCUUUGGGCCUGAUGUUGUCUCUCGGUUCCUGCAAAAGCACGACAUGGAUCUGAUUUGUCGCGCUCAUCAAGUUGUCGAAGACGGCUAUGAGUUUUUCUCCAAGCGCCAGCUGGUAACUUUGUUCAGUGCGCCCAACUACUGCGGAGAGUUUGAUAAUGCCGGAGCCAUGAUGAGCGUCGACGAGAGUUUGCUCUGCUCGUUCCAGAUCCUCAAGCCUGCUGAGAAGAAACAAAAGUACGUUUACGGUGGUCUUGGCAGCGGGAGCAGACCAGUCACUCCCAAAUACAAGUCCAAAUAG